CAGCUCAUGAUCUCUUAUCAUACCAUACUCCUAUCAUCUUUUAGAUAAUAUAUAUUUUGCUUGAGCUUCAAAUCUUGUGUUGGUGAAGAUCAGAUAGUAACUAAACUAUUAUCAUGAGUGAUUCCUCUGCUUCAUACAUCCACUUGGUGCAGCACCUGAUAGAAAAGUGCCUGAUUUUCCAUAUGACUAAAGAGGAGUGCAUGGAGGCACUAUCCAAGCAUGCAAACAUCAAGCCUGUAAUCACUUCUACUGUGUGGAAUGAGUUAGAGAAAGAGAAUAAAGAGUUCUUCGAGUCAUAUACUCAAUCACAGAACAAAGAUCGCCUGACAGAGGCAGAGACUAGCGCGAUGAUUCAAAAAAUGAUAUCAAACCAUGAUCACGAUCAUUCCAAAGACUCGGAGGAAGUAGGUUGUUCGAAGGAUUCAGACAAGGGAUAACAUGUUAUGUCCAAGCGAAAGCGAUCUAACCUUUGAGUUCUGGUUGAUCUUUAGGGAUUUAACUUAUAUAACGCAAAACAUUUUCACGCUAUCAAGUGUACCUGUCUUAUUUUCCAUGAUUAUUAAUACUAUCAAUUAUUAUUUAUGGUUA